GCGGAAGCACAGUGCACUUCCGGCGCGCAGCAGGCGGCCAUGUUGGAGCGGCGGAGGCGGCGCAGAGGUGCGUCCUGGGUCCCCGCGGCGGCGCCGGUGCCAAGUGCUGGUUUGUGGAUACCCAGGCAGACCUGCAGUACCCAAUGCCAUGAGCAUGGUAGUGCAGCCUGUGGAGGAGAAAGCUGUGCACUCAUGGUCACGUAUCUCCACAGCAGGGAAGAAAGCCCUGGAAGAGGCCCUCCUUGUGUUUAAUCCCAUGAGCCAGGAUCUCAGUGCCACAGAGGCCCAGCUUGUGGCCUUCCUUCAGGGUCUGCGAGAUGAUGGCUUCCAACCAACCAUUCUUCGAAGUGGGGAUGUCUAUGGUUAUAGUUCAUGCACAGCCAGCCCCCCCAGCCAGACAAAGCUACAAGCUCGUACCAUCAACCCACCUGCCACAUCACUUCCUGCCAGGGCUCCCAAAACUGCUGUGUCAGUCCCUGCAGGCCAGGCCACCUUGCUCCCUGUGCCACUGUCUGGCAGGCUGGCUAAAGGGUCCACACCAGCCCUUGCCAAGCACGCUACCACUAACCUGCUGUUGAGCUCCCUGAAGCAGUCAAAUGCCAGCAACACCAGUGGUACAACAGUAGGCUUCCCUGCCCACCUCUAUCCAGGCGUCUACCCUGCCAUGCGGCUCUCUGUGGUCCUUGAAGCACUGGUCCCACUCAAGACUCCCUGCUUGGAUGUUAAGCACAGGGCACAGUCAUUGCAGCUGUCACUUGCAAAAUCGCCCCUGAAACUGAGGAAAGGUUCAGGGAAGCCACAGUCCAAAGCACCUCGAAGAAUCACAGGCAAGGGCCUCAAACAUCUGACUAGCAAAGGUCCUGGGGCUGGUCUCCAACGAGGUGCUGGAACCCAGAGCAGUGGCACCCAAAUGAAAGGGUGCUCUGCCUUGGGCACCAAAACUGUCCAGGCCAAGGCAUCUCGAACCUUGACCAAAGCUGCUCACGCUCAUGCCAGUGUGGCUCGAACCCAGACCAAGACAGCAAGGGUCAGGGCCAAAGCAAAACAGGCCAAGCCCGGGGCAUCCAGAGCCAAAGCCAAGGCCGCUGUGGUGAGGGACAAGACUAAAGACAAGGUAGUCCAGGCGAAGGCCAAAGCAGCUCGGACCAAGCACAAGGAAAGGCCAGAGGAAUCGUUUCAGACCAGAACUGGAAGGGCAAGUCCGAAAAAUGGCUCUGAGACUGUGGGGCAGAAGAGGAAGAAGGCUGCGGAGACCAAGGGUCUUCCUCCUAAGAAGAGAGCACGGCAUGUGCCCCGAUCUCCUAAGGUGUGGCUGGGGCCUGGGACAGCAAAACCUCGAAAGUCCCAGACCAUAAAGGUAGACAGGAAGUGCUCAGACGACGAGGUCCGACAGUGUGCCCAACAGAUCCUCCGUGUGAAUCUCUCUCCCGUAGUAUGGCUCCAGCCGUUGCUACCAUUUUGAUUCUAUACUCAACGUCCUGAGACCUUGCAACGAUACUUGGGAAAGCAGUUGAGCUGUCUGUGGCCAGCAGCAGUGUGCAGUGCUCACGGACUCUGGGCACCUCCGGGACCCCUGUGGUCACCAACAUCCUUUCAGAAACUGAGGGUUUGGGCGGGGUGGGUUGUGGGAGGGGUGUUCUCAUGGCUCAGCGCACUGUGACUUGUUCUUGUAUGUCCUCAUUCAUCUAUCUGUUUUGUUACAUACCUUUCCACCUGCGCUCUCCCUGCUCACCCUCCAUGGUCUUAUUUAUUGAUUGUUUUUUUGGUGUGUGGGAGCUUGUGGCAAGAGACUAUCAGAAGUCUAGGAGCAGGCUUGGAGAGAGUGCCCUGGUAGCUUGAGGCAGAUCAUUUAAAUAACAGGGUGACAUUAAAGGAGUGAUGCUCUCGGGCUUCUGGAGAGAUGUGGGGAAAUUCAGGUGCUGGUUUCUGUGAAUGUGUUGGGAGAGAUCCUGAGGGGAGGGGCAGAGCCACUACCUCUCCUUGAGUGUCCCAGUUUUGAACCAGUUGGGUCCCAUUCAAAACUGUUUGCAGCUCAGUGGGAAACCCAGCACCAAGCAGGUUUUUAGGCCAGGGGGAGAAGUCUUUGUGGUGUUGCUCUCUGGAGGCCAAGCUUUAAGGUUUAGCCUGGGCUUUUCUUGGGGGAGGAAACAUGCUUAAGAGGCUUGAAGUGCUGCUUUUCUGCAUAAAGUGACUAGCCUCAAUUUUCCUAAUUUGUGACAAGAGGCUAAGCUUUGAAUCUGGAUCACAAAAACCUUCCUUACUGUCCAGAGAGUUUUCUUUGUGGUAACUGGUGAUAGAACCAGGGACUGGCUGGCUUCCACAAGCUCCAUCUUAUUCUGGGGUCCAACCUCACCAUGUCCCCUAACAUGACCUGUGCACAUUGGACAUUGUCGGUAGCUUCUGCUUUGAAGAAGCUGGGCCCUCAGUGGAAGCAGCUGCUCAGGCUGCUUAGGUAGAGAAGGUGGGAUCCUUGUGCUUGGGAAUUUGAAUAUGAGCUUGAGGUCAGUAUCAGCUACAUAGUGAGACCCUCUCUGCCUGUCUCCUGUUUUGUUUUUUUGAGACAGGCUUUCUCUGUGUAGCCCUGACUGUCCUGGAACUUAACUUUGUAGUCCAGGCUGGUCUCAGACUCAGAGAUCUGCACGCCUCUGGCCAAUCAUUGGGUUUAGAGGCUUGCGCCACCAGAACAAGCCAGGGUUUACUGGUUAAGAGGAUAUAGCUGCUUUCCCAGGAGACCCUUUUGUGACUCCCACAAAAGGCAGCUCACAGACGCCUGUAUCUGUCUCCAGGGGUCCCACACCCGUGAUCACAGGCAGACAGACACAUACAAAUAAAUCUUUAAAAAACGACUAAUGGCA